AUGAAUUUUGUCAGAGUAAUUAACACAGUUUUGUUCUGUAGGAUGACUAAAAGACUUAUUACUGAGUUUUUCGAAACUAGAACCGACCUUCCUCGUAAAAAGCCUGCACUCGACCAUGUUUCCACCAAUAUAACUGUAACUCCUGAUGAAGCCAAACUCAGUUACUCCGAAAACAUAAGGAAUCUGAUGGGAGAUGAGUGGUUCCAUGUGUUGAAUUCCGAGAUCAAUAAACCUUAUUUUAAGACCCUGUGGUCCAAGGUUCUCAGAGAACGAAGCUCCAAAAAGGUCUAUCCCCCUUCCCACUUGGUUUUCAACGCCUUCAAACUUACUCCCCUCUCAAAGGUCAAAGUCGUCAUCGUUGGACAGGACCCAUACCACCAGCCUCGACAAGCCAUGGGGUUGUGCUUUUCCGUUCCCAAGGGCGUCAUAUUGCCGCCCAGCCUAAGAAACAUUUUAUCUGAAAUUGGAACUAAGAGUCUUCACGGCGACCUGAGUUCCUGGGCAUCGCAGGGAGUCUUUCUCCUAAACAGCAUUUUGACCGUGGUCGACAGUCAACCUAUGUCCCACAGACUAUAUGGUUGGGACACCUUCACCGACGAGGUCAUUAACAUUAUCAACGACACUCGGGAGAACAUAGUAUUCCUUCUUUGGGGCAAAUCCGCCCAGCAAAAGUGCUCUAAGAUUUCAAGCUCUAAACACUGCGUGUUGACUUGCGGUCACCCCUCUCCUCUGUCAAUUAAGCAUUUCAAGGGCUGCAACCACUUCAACAGGUGCAAUGAAUAUCUCGAGAAGACAAACCAGGAUCCCAUAAAUUGGGAAUUGCCUCAGUGA